CUAUCUAUUUUUGCCUUUCUUCCUUUGGAAAAUUCAAAUUUUGCAACCCCUAACCUAAAUGCUUUGUGUUUUUAUGGAAUGAAAUUUAGUGUAUUGUGUACUGUUCUAAAUAUAAGGAGCUUCAAUAAGUAACAUGAACUCAUCCGGUUUGAUUUAACUUCAGAAUGGCUGCAACGUCGUUUCAUCAAGCAAUUGGGACACUUCAGUAUAGUGGUUGCUUUAGCAUUUCCAACCUAAAUCAAGAGAAUGGGAAUAGUUCAUUUCGGUUGAUUUCCAAAGGUUUUAAGCUGAGUAUACCUCUGCUGAGAACUGGAACUUACUGCUCUAGAAAGAAUAGUUUUAGCAAUAUUCAUGCCUCAACUUCUCAGAGCACUGCAUUUGAUCCAGUUUCAUCGUCGUUAAAUGGCAUGACAAGUGACUCCAAAAAGAAAUCAAGUGAAGCUGCAUUGAUCUUGAUUAGGCAUGGUGAGUCUAUGUGGAAUGAGAAGAACUUGUUCACGGGUUGUGUAGAUGUUCCACUGACUAAAAAGGGAGUGGAAGAGGCUAUUGAAGCUGGCAAAAGAAUCAGCAAUAUACCAAUUGACAUGAUCUAUACAUCUGCUUUAAUUCGCGCUCAGAUGACUGCUAUGCUUGCCAUGACUGAACACCGUCGCAAGAAGGUGAAUUGUCCAAAUAUGUUAUUGGUGAAGUUUAAAUUUAAAUGUGCAUUCCAUCCCCAACAGCUUAAAAGUUUUUAG